AUUCAACUCAUUGUACUUCCGGUCGCACUGAUUGACUUUGAUCAUGGAAACGGAGAAAACUACAGAUGUUUCGAACUAUCUGAAAGCUUUGAAAGAAGCAAAUUCAGACAAUGAAAAGUUUGCAGCCUUAUUAAUGGUUGCAAAAAUAACAAAAAGCGACAAAUGUGACAUAGAAGUUAAAAGACAAAUAUUGGAUGCUGUUGGGAGUAAAUUCAUCUCUAGACUAUUGAAAACAAAAAAUGUACCAGCAGAUUGCCCAGCCAACAUUUACAAAUCAGUGGCAUUGUCAGUGUUAUCAGCUCUCUGCACAGACCAACAAGUGGCUGAGAGUCUAGUAUUAAGAGAAAAUGUGGCAUGUUUCAACAACAUAGUUGUCACAAACCCAAGUGAGGGAGACGUUGACGGUGAACAGCUGAUAGAUGACACGUACGACUGUUUCAACAGUCUCAGUCAGUCCCUGACUGGCCUUGAGACCAUGCUGGCCGCCGGCACUGUGGCAGCUUUCUGCGAUGUUGUUGUUACACAAACAUUUGGCUAUGAGAAGGCCCACGACCUGAUUUGCUGCAUGGUGUCGUGCUUUGGGCCAGACACCUGGGACGGGAUUGAAUGGUCCUACCAUAAGUACGUCAACUUCCUUGGCAAACAGUUUGUAGAGGAUGAGAGUAUCCAUAAGUUUGAGAUGUGUAAAACGCUGGUGUUCCUUUUGUCUGCUGCUCCAAAUGAUAAGGAGGAAACUGUGGAGCCUCCAUGGAUCAGACCGAUUGUCCAUGGCCUUGACAACAUCAUGCGGAGUAAGAUAGGCUCAGAGCAGCGUGAGCCGGCCCUGAAGCUGGCGUCCAUGAUGGUGCAGGUGUGUGGGAUCUACUCUCUCCAGCCUCCGUACACACCCGACUUCAAACUGUUCCUACUCACCACUCAUCUCUCUUGUGUUGAGGUCAGAAUGGUGCUGGAAGACACAGAUCUCACACAGGCAAACACCAAAGGGAGACUACUCUCAUCAUGCUACACUUACCUGGAGAACGUUAUCAACCAUCUGUCGUCUGGUCCACCGCUGGACCUUGAGGAACGGCAGGUUGUUCAACUACACAGCGCCAUGGUGGGUGCGUUCGGGGCUGUUAUACACUUUCUCAAGAGGGUGGCACUCACACCAGAACUUCAGUGGAACAGUAUCCUGCUGGCGACGGUGCGUGUGUUAGGAGCCUGGAUGGCGGAGGAGACCGCCGCACUCCGAGAGGAAAUCUACGAUCUCAUUCCCUUCCUUGUACAACUCAGUAAAAUGUGCAUUCCCCCAUCAAAUAAACCCGACUGUAAAGAUGCUUCAACCGAGACAGUGAAAAGUGAUCUUAAACUUGAUAGUAAUGAAAAUAUAGCUGAUGCAACUAGUAGCUCAAAUACAGAACAACCAGUCAAACAGGACAAAUCUGAAAGUGACACAGUGAAAAAUGGUGAAAGACAAUCUAAUGGCAGUGAAACAGAAGGGAAAGUGGUUGAAAUGGACUGUGAUAGUGGACCAGAGAGUGAGAAGAAAUCUGAAAGGGAUCAAAACCUAGAGGAUAUUACUAAACCAAGUAUUGAUGUAGAAAUGAAAUCCAAUGGGAACACUUUAGACAUAAAUACUGUGAUAGACACUCAUACUGAAGUUGAGGGGGAACCAGACAAGACUGGACCAGAGACAAAGUCUCAAGGUGUGUCAACAGAUGCAGAGAAUGAGGAUGGGUACACAGACGCAAUGCAGGAGAGGGUUAGAGAUGCUAACCUCGAGAAAGACAUCCUCACUGAGGAAGAGUUGCAGGAGCUACAUGUUAAAGCUGACAUCCUGCACUACCUGUUACCUGGCCUGUGUCACCUGACAGCAGAGGAAGAGCCACGGAAGCUGUUGAUGGAGAGUGGGGCUCUGGGUGUGCUUGAUUUGUACAUGUGGAGGGCCUGGGAACGCUUGAUCACCCACGGAGCCAGGGGCAGGGAAACACUGUCCUGCCUUGUGAUCCUGUGCAACAUAUUCCUGAACUUGAUCAUCGUUGAGCCGGCUGUCGUACCCGAGAACAAGGAAUUUUCUCAUAUCCUUCUAUUGGUUGUCAAAGGCAUCCAUCUCAUAGAACAUGAAGACAAGCUGUUAGUGCUGUGGUCCCAUCUGAUCACCCUAGGACUCAUGUUGAUGAGAGCACUCAAUAAAACUGCAGGAGACUUUCUAGAGCCUGAGAGCAUCAAAAAGUUUUACCAGUCGUCUGUUCGCUUCCUGAGCGGGGCUUACACAGCGCGACACAAGAAGAAGGGAGCCGUCCUUGACAUUGUUGAGCCAUACAAGGUCGUCUGGGAACAGAUCUCACAAACAUGGUUCCUUAGCAUGCAAGCGUUUGCAGCUUGUAUUCCCCUGUAUGGGGAGUUGCCGGGCCUGAUAUUGGCGUCAUCCUGGCUGCCUUCCAUGAUCAAGGUCAUCUCAGAUGUCAAACCAAACACAGUUGCCGAGGAGACAAAGAGCUGUUUCCAGUUGCUAUUGACAACACUUGCCCGGGAGAACAAAACUGCACGUGCUGUGAUCAAAGACAAGGGUGGGGAUGCACUCAACAGGUUUUUCAAGUCAAGAGAGUUCAACAACACAUUGAAUGCUUCCUGAAUAGUUGUAUGACCGGAGGAUUUGGAAGUAUUGUGACUCCAUGUGUAUGGGAUCAUGCAUUUAUUUAUUAUAAAUUUCCUUUAUUGGAACAGUUUGUUAAUGAUUGAUUUUAAUUUUCUCUUGAAUGAGAGAAGAUUGGGCUGAAUGAUGCAGUCUGCUCACAGCUACUGUCAGGGCAGGAUAUUGUAAUGGGCCCAGGUUUUUCAAGAUAGGGUCUCUGUGACGUAGUUGAUGUUAGUAGUUUGUCAACCUUGUAUUAGACUUCUUCUUAAAAAUACUGUUGGUUCGUAACUUUCAUUUAGUAUUUAUGACAUUUUUGUGAACCAAGUCAUACAUUUAAAAUCUAUGUGAAUAUAACUUUACCGAGUUUUGCUGAUGAAUAUAAUUUUACAUUGUUGUGGUGAAUUUUAAUCUUGCAAAAAUUUUGAAAAUUGACCAAUGCCAAACAAGUGCGAAAUAAAAACCUCAUAAAUUUACAUUAAUUUGCAGUUAAUAUUUACCAGAAACACCAACCCUAAACACUUCAUGAAGAGUCUGACUAUAUAAGAUAGAAAUCAAAACCAUUGAAACAAUUCCAUGUAUUUGUUGAUAUUUAUAGAUGUUUGUAACGACAUGCGGUAUAUGAUCUGUUGUUUUUAUACAUGUGUAAGCACUGAUGAUGCAUCAAGGCCAUGUUGAUUCACUGAGACUUAAUUCUAAGUGUUCAAAGUAGCUCAUUUGAUCAUUUUGUGUAUUGUAUUUAAAGCAAUUGAAAUUACACUUCAUUGGAAUCAUCUCCUUAAUUGUACUUUCAUUCUGUCAAGGUUAUUCAGCGUGAGAAUCUAUUGAAAUUCAAGUUGAUGUGCAUUUGAUGAUUUGAGGAAUGUUUGACUAAAUUAAACAAUUAUGAAUAAUUGGUUUAUGGUGACAUCACUGACAUGUAUAUGUCAAGAGCAUGGUGACUAUGGCGUGGUCAUUUUUCAUAUCAACCUUGUCAUAUAUACAUUAUUGAAACGUUUAGGUUAAAAAAUAUUGAUUUAAUAAAUAUACAUUGAAACAACACAUAAUAAACACAUAUCAUGAUAAGGAUUGGAAAGAUAGCUGAAAGCUAACAUUAUAACAUCUCUCCUAUGGGGAAGGUUAAAAAGUAUACAGAGCAGAAUACAAACAUGUCUAACUCUCCUAUUCUAUAUAUGUUGCAUUUUAGUAAGUAUAAUUUAAAAGGACCAUUAACUCAGUGUAAAAUUGUGUAGUAAAUGAAAAUUUAACUUUGUUUAAAGUCUUCAUUUUAAGCAAAAUAUUGCCUUCCGAUGUAGCAUAAAGGACGUAAUUUAUCACGUGGUAUACAUACACUGGAACUGUUAUUUUCUGUAAUAAAGCUGGUUUCAAUAUUUUUAGAUACAAAUGAUGAAAGUUAAGCAUUGAGUCAAGCUCUUCAAGACUGACAGAUUUUCUUGUUAAGUAAGAUGAAUUUGACAUACUGUCGGUUCCGGUGCGGACAUGUUGUCAUUAUUUUGUGAUUGUUAUUUUUUUGUCAUUUUGAUAGGUUUUGCUGUGGAGUGUUUUGAAUUUUUAAAACAUUGUUAAACGUAUAUUUUUCUCUAGUAUUUACUGUAAAUGUCUUUAAGAUUUUGAAGUUUUCUACCAUAGAUGUUGAUACAUGUGUAAAUACUGUUUGUUUUUAUAUUAACAGACUGUUAUUCAACAAAACUUGCAUAUCAGUAUUAAAUUACCAGCAAUGCAAAUCUCAUACUGUAGUUAUUUUACCGUUAUCAUAUGAGCACAGGUCAUUCCAAACAUUGAAUUUCUUAUAAAAUAAUUUCAUCUAUCACAUAACAAUUCUCUGACUGUCAAACUAUUUGAUAUAUUGAAUUGAAAAAUAUUAUGGUUUAUUGAAAGUCAGCACAAGUUCACAUGGUAUGCACCAGUCAAUUGUAACCACCGCCCCUCGUAUACUGGGGAUAGCGGGGGAAAUUGGCUGUGUUUUUACCUGUCAUUCACCCCGCAGUGCCAGCUGAAUGCGGUGGCUUGUUUUCACUCCAAAUAUAUUGGGGAAUGGGCCUUACCUAGGUAUUCCCAGGUGCGGGGGCAUUUGGCGGGGAUUUUUCCAGCAGUUUGUCCCCACAGGGCGAGGCUUUAACCCGGGAUUUUCUGGGGGGGG